AUGACGUCAGAGUGGCGACGUGUCAGUCAGUCAGUCAUGGCUGCUGAUAUUACGUUAUUAUUCAAAGCGAGUGUAAAAACGGUGAAAACGCGCAAUAAAGCGCUCGGACUCAUCGACACCUCCGCGAGAGACGAACCGAGCGGCGCGAGGAGAAACACGCGACAGAGAAACGCGUUCAGCUGUAAAGCCAAAGAAGUGAUUUCUAACAUCUCAAAGCUGAAGGAUUUUCUGCUCCAGCACAGGAAGGAUUAUGUCAACGCAGGCAGUUUCAUGUCCCCAGAUGUGUCCCACAUGACAGACAGUGAGAGAGAUCAAAUCGAUCAGGAUGCUCAAAUCUUCAUGAGAACCUGCGCAGACGCCAUCGGCCAACUGCGAUCUGAGACAGACAGACAGGUGGUCUCAGCACAGGUGAAGGAUCAUCGUGCAGCUGUUUUGGAUCUCAUAGAGGUUUAUCUUAAAGGAGUGUGUAAACUGUAUUCUGAACAGAGAGCAGUACGCGUGAAGAGAGUCGUGGACAAAAAGAGACUGUCCAGAUUAGAACCUGAGACAGCCUGUAAAGACAAACCACAGACUGAUGUGGAGGACAACAACGAUAAAUUGGUGUCAGACAGUAAUGUUGACCUGUGGGAGGACAGCAGAGUGGAGGACGACCUUUCACCAGAGGAAAUACAGAUGUUUGAGCAGGAGAAUCAGCGGCUGGUUGGUGAAAUGAACAGUCUCUUAGACGAAGUCAGGCACAUUGAGGGGAAGGUUGUGGAAAUCUCUCGUCUGCAGGAGAUCUUCACUGAAAAAGUCCUUCAGCAGGAUACUGAGAUCGACAGCAUUCAUCAGCUGGUUGUUGGUGCCACAGAAAAUGUGAAGGAGGGAAAUGAAGAUAUAAGAGAGGCUAUAAAGAACAACGCCGGCUUCCGCGUGUGGAUUCUGUUCUUUCUGGUCAUGUGUUCGUUCUCACUGCUGUUUCUGGACUGGUAUGAUGGCUGAAGGACUGGUAUGAUGGCUGAAGGACUCGAUCAAACCACACACAACUGUGUGUGUACGCGCGCGCGCAUGAAUGAGUGCAGCUCCCUCUAGUGGAGGAUAGAGAGUCUACAGCACAUGAUGAGAUCAGUCUAAUGUAAAUGUGGAGCAUGUAAAGUAAAAUAUUCAAUAAACAUUUAUCAGUGAAGUCAUUUUGUGUUU